GCCACACAGUGACGUAUACGGCAGUGGGAGGGGUUUCCCAGGAGCUCGGCCCAGUGAGUCUGAGGGUCUAUGGAAGCCCGCACGUGUACGGGGAAGAUUUCCUGCUGAUGCCGGUCGAGCUCGCUCCGGUUCCCUGCAACGACAAGGCCGUGGAGAAGCUCUCCCGCCUGGCCGUCACCUACAUCAACGAGGAUCGCGUCGAGGGYUACAAGUUCGCCCUGAAUCGCAUCGCGAACGUCCACCUGCACGCUCAGGGACCAGCAGGAAACGUGUAUUAUCUGGACCUGGAUGUCCUGGAGACCAAGUGUCAUGUAGGCAGCCCAAAACCAUGGAAACGUUGUGACGUCAGACCCUUCAUGGAAACACAAAUCUCUGGCACCUGCAACACCACCAUUCUGCACACCCCAGAUGGCUACUCCUUCCUGUACAGCUACGACUGCGCUCUAGUCCCAGAUCAUCCYGAGAAGCUGCAGCAGACCUGCCCGACCUGCCCCCUCCUGCUUCCCAUCGACCACCCCGACGCCGCGAACGCCGCCGGCCUCACUCUGGUGUCCUACAAGAGAAAGUCCGCUCUGGGUGCGGGACUUGGAGUGAAAAAGGUCACCAGAGCCGCAGCACGGGGUGUGCCAAAAAAAGCCAUCUUUGUGGAGUACACGGUCCAAGAGUGUCCGGAGGGAAUGACAGAGAGAGGAACCUGCCAGAGAAUGACUCUCAAAUCUGACACAGAGACCACAGGUUUCUGUACAGGAUCAGUGUUUGGAGACUUGAACCACCACCCUGAUGUUCGAGUGUCCUGUGAGAUGUUCAAAAUACAGAARGUGGACACGGUUCGACCAGUUCGGCCCCAGGUUCAGGUCCUACCUCCGGACACGGCGAUCCCGACCUCUUCACCUCAGCCUGAAGACCCAGGAAAGAGUCUGCAGCCUGCUCCCUCUGACCCGCCGAACCCCACUGCUGCCCAGCCUGACCCGUUUGACCCUGCAGCUGUCCCCUCUGUCCCCCCGGGACCCCCGGUCACGGUGAACUCCUCUAACCCUUUCGGCUCCUCUUCCAGCGAGUCUGCUGAGGACGUGGCGAACCCGCAGCAACGCCCGGUCGACCCGUGGAUUUCUGAGUCGUCCUCUGAAGAGGCUGCGGGUCCCGUGGCCCUGCGCCCACCCUUAAACUUCCGCUACCAGAGGCGCYACCGCUCCAAACGGCAGGCCUUGACGGAGCCCUCCCCGACUCACAACCCAGUAUUCCUGUCUGAUUUCCCCAGCGGGCCGUCUCCUUUCCGAUCCUGUCCUGGUCCGGCUCGAUACGCCACAGUGUAACCGGCUUAGAGAUCCCCCCCCACCCCACCACUGAUGUGUGAGAGAGCCUGGACUGAUAAACUCUGCUGCCUGUCACCGGAGGCUUCGAUAAAUUGGUGCUGAUGAGAGGGAUGCUGUCUCUUUCCCUGACCCUCAGUGACCUCCCUGCAGCAGCUCAAACAUGUAUUUAAUGAUGGCUUCAAAAAUGUUUUUAAAAAUAUGUAAUAAAAUUACUUGUACAAUACUGAAGGAUAAUACCUACUGAAGUCUGGAUUUUGGAAAUAUAUAAAAUUAAAAUUGUAUCUCUUGAA